AUGGAUCAAUGCGUGAACAAGGGACCUAGCAUCAGCCCUAAAUUCAGGCUCUCUAUCAAAGUUCGGAAAUUCACUAAGAGCCAGAAGACAACUCCGUCCUAUCAAGAAUCUUUAGACCCUCUUCGAAAGAAUGGGGAUAGUGCUGUAUAUAGCUACUACAUCAGUAUAAUUGGCGGAUACCGCCUUUUAUCUGCAAUACUGAUAUUCCUCUCAUCUGCGAUUUUCGCCAUCCUGAUCCAGAGCUGGCUUCGGAUCUGGACUGAAAGUAGCACUAUAAGCCAACACAUUUGGUUUUAUCUUAGAUUUUACGUUGCUUUGGCUAUCGGACAUUGGAUUUCAUUGAUAGGGAUAGGCAUAAUGCCACUUCUAGUCGUGCCUAUAUCUAGCAGGGCUCUAUAUAGUCAAAUACUAAACAUAGUCAUCAAGGCGCCUUUAUCAUUCAUCACGUUAACCGACAUUGUUUAUCUGAUUCAAAAGGUAUACCUUUGCACCAGUCGACAACUUCGAUUUCUGAGCAUAGAGGCAAAUUCCUUACCCAAUAAUAGCUUUGUAGAAACUGUUCAAGGAAUAGCUACUAUCCAUGCUUUUGGCUGGGAACGGGAGUAUGCUUUAGAUAACGAUCGGGCAUUUGAUGAAUCGCAAGUCCCGUCCUACACAUUACUUACUAUUAAGCAGUGGCUUUCGCUGGUGCUAGAUUUGAUUAUCGCCGCCGUAGCACUAUUCAAUGUUACUUUUAUCGUCACACUAAAGGGUGGUGAGAUAGCCGGCGAUAUCGGCAUUAGUAUGAAUGUACUCCUCACAAUCAACAUCGCAAGUUUUGAUACAUCCCUCGGUGUCAUUUCACAUAUCAGAACAUUUGCUAUAACCAUUACACCGGAGUCCGAGCCCAAAGAGGAGGCUCCCCUCCCAGAUAUAUGGCUAACUAGAGGUGAAGUUGAGUUUAAUAACAUUACCGCCGACUAUGCCAGUGCUGGUGAACUCACUCACGCAAUUAAUCAUGUCUCCUUUCAUAUGGCACCGGGCGAUAAAAUCGGUUUAGGCGGUAGAACUGGUAGUGGCAAGUCCUCUACCCUGCUUAGCCUCUUGCGAAUGAUUGAGCUAUCUGAUGGAACGAUCACGAUUGAUGGGUUAGACAUAGAUGCAUUCAUUGUCCCAAGUGAUUCCAUUCGUCAAAAUCUGGAUCUUCUAGGCGUUAAUUCGGAUGAUGACAUCGUUGAAGCUCUGAGAAAGGUCCAUCUAUGGCCUAUCUUGGAGGCAAGAGCUUCAAACAUUGAAUUAUCACCGGGUAUUUACCUGGACGUACCGAUGCAGGAGUGGUCGCUUUCGUAUGGCCAGUCACAGCUUUUCGCUAUGGCACGCGCUCUUUUGCUUCGACAUUCUCGCGGAAAACUAGUUCUUUUCGACGAAGCUACAAGUAACAUUGACAAGGAGACGGACUUAUUGAUUCAGCAAGUGAUACACGAGGAGUUUUGGCAAUACACAAUGAUCGUAGUAGCCCAUCGACCAGAGACUAUUUCACAAAGUGAUUCGAUCAUCGUAAUGAAAAAUGGAAGGAUUGUCGAACAGGGAUCGCCUGAUUUAUUGCUACAGAAAGGAGAAUCGCUUAGGUCCAUAUUCGGUAAUGAAGAUUGA